GAUCGCUUUCUAUCACACAUAGGACUAAUUGUAAUAGUAACUAAUAUUUGGCAUCAUGCGUGUGCUGGUUAACUGCCCCUCCGGCGAAAGCCGCUUGUUCCAAAUCGACUCACAAGCAACCGUUUUAGAGCUAAAGCAAGCACUACAAGAAGCGGAAGGGAUACCCGUCAAGCAGCAAGUGCUAUGCUUCGCGGGGAACAACCUUAAAGACCAUUUAAGCUUGGCGGACCACAAUCUCGAGGCGUAUACAUUAUCAGACGAGGUCGUCCUCUACCUCUCCAAGCGCCUGUCGCAGCCCAAGCGCGUCUACCUUGCCUCCCGCAACAAGCUCUCGCAGCAGGCAGCCGAGCUGGUGGAGGCGGACAGCCCCGUGGGUUCCCUCAUGGGGCUGCUGGAGAGCAGGGGCUUCGCCACGCCCUUCGCUCCCGGCGCCAGCAUCGUGCUGAAGCGGCAGGACGGCUCCACCAUCCCGCUGCACGUGUCUCAUGCCGAGGAGCUGCAAGGCAUGGAGGAGCGCGUGGCGGAGAAGGAGGGAGUGGUGCCCACAUGCUGCACCUUCCUACAGGCGCAGGACGGCAACAUGCACGUGCAGGUGUACCCCAGCGCCUCCGCCUCCACCAACACCUACCCCAUCUACAAGCGGGGAGCCAGCCAAACAGCCAUACCGAGGAAGGAGCCGGGAGAGGAGCUGCAACCGCUACCGGAACUGGUGAAGGAACUAUGUGUGCUGCCUUGAGCAGCAGCAGCAGCUAUGAGAUGUGCUUGCGAGUACUUACAGUAAUAAUAGGAUAGAGGUUGAUUGCGCUGUAUAUGCUGUUUAGAGGUUUUCUACUAGCCAUAACAAAGCAAGGGCUUAUGCGUGGGUAUACCCCAGUACCCUAUUAGCGGGACUAGGGGUGUAGAUGCGUAGUGCUGGUACGGAGCGAUGUGGGUCAUCCUCCAUCCGUUUGAGGGAUAAGUGUAAGUGCAUAAUCAGCAUAUACCUGUAGGCGUGCAUGCCACAGUGCUGCAUGGUGGGAUUCCGUGGUGAACAGAGGUAUGCAUGUUGCGGGCAACGGCGCAGCAAAAACAAACCUGCAUGAUACCUCCUGUGCAAGAGAAUGUAAAGAACUGCAAGCGCUUAGGCGUGUGACCAGCGUCUAUGUGGAGAAGAGCUGGAAAGGCCGCGUGCGGGCACCUGCAUUGUGGGACAGGUGGCGGUUGGCAGGGCUGUACGGCGUGACCGUGGUGGCGGAGGGAAUACGGCAGCAAUUGAAGUAGCAGAAGCCUGGCUUGCAUAUCAAUUUGGUUACGCUCGCUGAGUGGUCUGGGGGUUAGACAGGCACACGUGCCCCUCGGCCGAACUGAGGUCUGUGAUAGCUCUGGUUGUAUCUGGCGACGGGCUGGAGGCAGAUGUAGACUUCAAUUUAUGAUGAAGGGCGAGGAGUUCUACUAGAUCGGCUAUAUGGGUUACGGGGGCAUGCCUAACAGUGGCUGCGGCGCUGCCCGUGCGCAGUCAUAAAAGGAACCCUGUUUGCAACAGGCAACCCACCGGAACAGACGGAUUUCGGGGAGCUUCGAACCAUG